UUGCUUGCUUUCAUCUUUAUAAUUACCAUCAUUCUCUUUUGUUUUCCUUUAUCAUUUCUUUUUGAUUUUCGUAUUUCAAAUUAAUAAAUUUAAAGGUGAUAAUUAAAUUAAUUUGUGUGUGUGUGCAACUGGAUUAAAGAAGCCAUAUAUAAAAAAGUACAUGACUUCCAAAUUCCACCUUCUGCGUCUUCUAUAUCUCCUAUAUAUACCUCAAUCUCUUUCACACACUUCCUCUGGUUCCACAUCAUCUUCUCUAUAUAAUCUUCUUCUACACACGCACACACACACACACACACACGCAACCACAUAUAUAUCGUCAUCAAUGGAUCUGCCACCGGGAUUUAGGUUUUUUCCGACUGACGAAGAGCUCGUCGUUCACUUCCUCCACCGGAAAGCUUCCCUCUUGCCUUGUCACCCUGACGUCAUACCCGACCUCGAUCUUUACCCCUACGAUCCUUGGGACCUUCCCGGGAAAGCUUUGGGAGAAGGGAGACAAUGGUACUUCUAUAGUAGAAAGACACAAGACAGGGUAACAAGCAACGGGUACUGGGGAUCAAUGGGAUUGGACGAGCCAAUAUACACAAGCUCCACACACAAAAAAGUGGGUAUCAAAAAGUAUCUAACAUUUUAUCUCGGAGAUUCUCAGACUAACUGGAUAAUGCAAGAAUAUUCCCUCCCCGAUUCCUCUUCUUCAUCUAGUCGAUCUUCUAAGAGAUCAAGCCGUGCUUCUUCUAGUUCUAGUCACAAACCCGAUUAUAGCAAGUGGGUGGUAUGCAGAGUGUAUGAACAAAAUUGCAGCGAGGAAGAGGAUGAUGAUGGGACAGAACUCUCAUGUUUGGAUGAAGUGUUUUUGUCUUUAGAUGAUCUUGACGAAGUAAGCUUACCGUAAUAAAAGACAGAAGCACCAAAGUAAAAGAAAAGGUUUAGUGGGCAAUUAUUUCUAAAAUCUUUGUACCAAAAAAAAAGAAAAGGAAAAGGAGAAUGAGAAUGACAUCAUUCUUACAAGUUAUAUGUUGUAAGAUUAGCAAUCCUCAAUUUGCAAGCAAGAAGAGAAAAAAGGAAGAAGCUCUCUAGUCUUGUUGUAUUUUUAUUUUUUUAAUUCAAAUAUAUCUUUUUUA